AUGGGGAAGCAGAACAGCAAGCUCCGUCCUGAGGUGAUGCAGGACCUGCUGGAGAGCACCGACUUCACUGAGCAUGAGAUUCAGGAGUGGUAUAAAGGCUUCUUGCGGGAUUGCCCCAGUGGAAAUCUCUCCAUGGAGGAGUUUAAGAAGAUCUAUGGCAACUUUUUCCCUUAUGGAGAUGCUUCAAAGUUUGCAGAGCACGUCUUUCGCACUUUUGAUGCGAAUGGUGACGGGACAAUAGACUUUCGGGAGUUCAUUAUUGCUCUCAGUGUGACAUCACGUGGCAAGCUGGAGCAGAAGCUGAAAUGGGCCUUUAGUAUGUAUGACCUCGAUGGAAAUGGAUACAUCAGUAAAUCGGAAAUGCUGGAGAUUGUCCAGGCUAUUUAUAAGAUGGUGUCCUCUGUGAUGAAGAUGCCUGAGGAUGAGUCAACGCCUGAGAAAAGAACAGAAAAGAUCUUCAGGCAAAUGGACACCAACAGAGACGGAAAGCUGUCCUUGGAGGAGUUCAUCAAGGGGGCGAAGAGUGACCCGUCCAUCGUACGUCUGUUGCAAUGUGACCCUAGCAGUGCUGGACAGUUUUAA